AUGGAAAAAAUCUCUGGUCAAACCAAGUGCUUAGAGAAAGAGCUCGGGACUCAGGAAACGACCAUCCGAGAUUAUAAUGAGGAGCUCAAUGUGGCUGAGGAAGCAGCGAGAGUGGCCCUGGUCGAGAGCAUCGGCUUGCAGAGGAAACUUUUCAUGGGUCCUCCUCCUAGUAGUCGAUCGACUCUUUAUGACCGAAGCAUGGAGAGCUGCAAUUCUUCGGUCUAUUCCCAAGGUCCCCCGGUCAAGACCCCUCCCAAAGUUACCUCUGGCCAGCCAGAUGCUGAUGAUGAGUUUUGGGCGGCAAGGCAGACGAAGCGGUAG